AUGACACCAGUCUCGCAACAUGAAUUACUUGUGACCUCUGGAGUUGCAGCUCUGAUUGACACUUCAACAUGGUGCAUCUGUGAUGACUCUGACGGAAUUGUGAUCCCUCAGCCUCUCUAUGUUGGAUUUGAGAUUGAUAUCCAAAUGCGAAGCCGUGGCCAGCUGCUCCCUGUGUCCUUCUUGGAAUCGGACCGGAAAUAUUCCAUUGACCAUGCGUUCGAACCAGAGGCAAAUCGCAGGGCCUUUGAGCGUGCCUAUGCAGAAAACACAGCAAAGGGUAUCAAGAUGCGUGCAGUGAUACUUUCAAAUCCUCACAAUCCGCUAGGAAAAUGCUACCAGUUCAUAUCUGCCUUAAGUAUCGAUCUCGAGGGAAUCAUUGAUGUAUCUCGUGUUCACAUCAUGUAUGGAAUGAGCAAAGACUUUUGCGCGAAUGGCCUUCGUCUAGGAGUACUUCAAACUAGGAACGAGGAUUUGCUAGAAGCGGUUGCGAGCAUAAAUAAUGCCGCUUUUUACCUCUGGGUUCGCCUCAUUCCAUCCCGCCUGAUCGAUAUUGAUGAUCCUUCAACUCCAUCUCUCGACGUGAAAAGGAUGAAAAAGCUUUUUGUUGACACAUGCACUCGAAAUGGAGUGUCCAUCAAAGACGGCGCAAACUACUUUGCAGAAGAGCCGGAAGAUGGCUGGUUCAGGGUAACGUUUACUGUCCCCAAUGCCGUUUUGGAAGUGGCUAUGGAGAGGAUAGCGAAGAGUUUGGAAGACUUGGGGUGGCUGGGAAUGUUCUAA